GUAGCGGAACAGGAGACUCGCAAGCGAAUGCAGGAGAUGCGAGACAUGGAGGAUCAGCAGGCGGAGAUAUACAAUGCCAUCACCAGCGACUUCCUCACCGAGAACCCUAACCUCCGGGCCAGCCACCUCGGCCCUAACCGUAUCAAUGGGGCGUUCUAUAAGGGCAUGACUGAUGCUGAAAGAGAAGAAAUCCGCCAAUUCGACAGCAAGAAGAAGCCAAGAGAGAAGCGGACUGGUUGGCACUAUCGAGUGAAAUUGCGAGAUCUAAUCGAAUAUUUGGACUGUGAGCGGAAACGACAACAAGAGUACCUGGACAAGGUCGUCUACACGAACACCCCAACAGCUGCGUACUUUGAGCAGUUCAACACCACCACUCGCUGAACACACCACCACACUCUGUCUACUCUUGUGCGCACCAUUUCACUUUCAUAUAAUAAAUGUAAUCACUUUAUAA